CAUAAGACACAACUAGGUUUUAGAGGAGGAAAACAAGAAAAAAAAUAUUCUGAACCAAGGAGACUGUGGACAUAGUACAGGGGAUGACCAGAGACUGCGGACAUAGUACAGGGGAUGACCAGAGACUGCGGACACAGUACAGGAGAUGGCCAGAGACUGCGGACACAGUACAGGAGAUGGCCAGAGACUGCGGACACAGUACAGGAGAUGGCCAGAGACUGCGGACACAGUACAGGAGAUGGCCAGAGACUGCGGACACAGUACAGGGG